GGAGAACUGUGUAGAUACUAGAUAGCGUAAGGAAGAUGUGAAGCAGAGAGUAGUUUAACGCUGCUGUGUCCGUACAAAUAACAUGCCCAAACAGAUUUAAUAGUCACAGAGAGAGACAACGAAAGGCAUUCACUAUUUCUCUGAGAUGCUUCAUCGUCAAAUAUUAUGUACAACAUUGUCUCAAUCACAAGUUGAUGCAGUCACCGGUGUGUUGGUACUAAAAUGCUUCGCCUGUGUGUCCAAGGGUUUAGUUUUCGUGUGAAACGUCGACAAUAGCUAAACAUGUAUGACUUGUACAAGAUUUUGAAUAGGGGGAUAUUUGCAGUUAAUAAAAUAAAAUAUUUCACUUCAGCAGAAGUUGUUGAACAGCUAAAGGAGACCAUACGUAGGGGUGUUCAUGAAAGAUAUUUGCCAGACCCAUUCAAAGUAGGUCAUGGUGGUACUUUGGAUGAUACAGCAACCGGAGUUCUAGUUGUAGGUGUUGGUGAGGGCUGUCAGCUUUUAGCACGGUUUCUACAUGGAAACAAAAAAUAUAUAGUAACAGGAUGUUUGGGUUCUGAAACAACUACAUAUAACGAGACUGGAAUUCAUGUCAAUUCAGCACCUUACGAUCACAUAUCAAAAGAGUCAUUAGAGGAAGCUUUGAUGUCAUUUAGAGGAAAAAUAUUGCAGACACCUCCAAAAUAUUCUGCGCUAAAGAUGGGUGGAAGAAGAAUAGCUGAUCUGACAAGAUCUGGUAUCAACGUAGAAAUGAAACCACGACACGUUAUGUGCUACAAUGUGAAGUGCACAGAUUUCAACCCACCAUUUUUUAAACUUGCUUUGUCUUGUGGACCUGGCUUUUAUGUACGAAGUUUGGUUCAUGACUUAGGACUUGCCCUGAAGAGCUACGCAUAUGUAACUGAAUUACGGAGAAUACAGCAUGGACCAUUUACGGAGGAUGACAUGCUUGAACCUGAGAAGUGGACAAUAGAAGAUAUCGUGUGUGCUAUUCAACAAGCAUCUGAGAAGUAUGCAGAAUUCUUACAGAAUUUAAAAAAUGGAGCAAUGGCCGGUUAAGAGAGAAAUUCAUAAAAUGCUUUGAUGUAAGGAAGAGGAUAUAACUCCAAGGUGUGAAAGAAGAAAGUUCCACUGACACUGUAAAUAAAAAUAAUUUUAUCUUAUA